AUGAGAACAUCCGUUGUUUUUAUUAUAUUAUUAUUGGCUUUAGCAACCACAAAAAGAGUUGAAACACACAAGAAGGCUGAGACAAAGUAUAUUCAAAAAGAUGUGAAAUAAAAUGAAGAAUUGUCUUAUGGAACUUCCUUAUUAACCCCAGAGGAAUAAAAGAAAGCAGAUGAUGCUAAAAAGGCAGAAGAAGCAAAGAAGGCUGAAGAAGCAAAGAAAGCAGAAGAGGCAAAGAAAGCUGAAGAAGCAAAGAAAGCUGAAGAGGCUAAGAAAGCUGAAGAAGCCAAGAAAGCUGAAGAGGCAAAGAAGACUGAAGAAGCCAAGAAAGCUGAAGAAGCAAAGAAGGCUGAAGAGGCUAAGAAAGCUGAAGAAGCCAAAAAGGCAGAAGAUGCUAAGAAAGCUGAAGAAGCAAAAAAGGCUGAAGAUGCCAAGAAGGCUGAGGAAGCUAAGAAAAAGGAGGAAGAAUUAAAAAAAAAAUAAGAAGGAAAAACUCAGGGCACUAAUAAUGGAAAUAAUGGAGAGGAAGAUGAGAAAGAGAGAAACAAAAGAGCUGAAUAUCAAGAAUGUAUCAAGGAUGUAUGUGCAUAAUAUUUUAAAGAUUGCAACGAAGAGUGUAUUGACAGAUUAAAAGGCUGUAAAUAGAAGGCUAUAAAUGAGGGACUUGAUGCUUAUAAUCAAUGUGUAAAAAAUAACGAAAAGGCCAAUUCUUUAAUAAAAUGCAUUAAGAGUAAUUGUUAAGAGUGAAAUUAUCAUAAAAUAAUAUUUACAUUUAGUAUCUUUUUAAAA